GUUCUACAAUGAGAAGAUGAUUGUGACAGAGGAAAUAACAGAUGUUGCAGACUUCAUGGUAUCACUGCUUGGCACUGAUUGUUCUGGGGAAGAUGAACUCACAUACCUCACACUUAGGGCUAUUGGAAACAUGGGUGCAGUAAUGGAGAAAGCUAAACCCAACCUGAAAUCUUUUCUUAAGACAUGUAUCAGAAAUGAAGCUGCAACACUUUCAGUUCAGAAAGCAGCCAUCCAGGCAUUCAGGAAAAUGACUAUUACUGAAGAGGACCGUUCAGCACUUCUGAAAGCAUUCCAAGAAGGGGACGCACCUACAGACAAACGUCUAGUAGCCUAUCUCAUACUGAUGAAAAAUCCUUCCCCAAGUGAUCUCACAAAGAUUUUGAGAGUCCUCACAAAGGAGAAGAACGAGCAAGUGAAGAGCUUUAUUGCCUCACACAUUGCCAACAUCCUAGACUCUGAAGAAGUAGGCCUUGAAGAUCUAAAAAGCCAAGUUGAAGAAGCUCUGAAAGGAAACCAAGUUCCAACAGCCAAAGAUUUCAGAAAAUUCUCACAAAAUUAUCAGAUUUCCAAAAGAGUUUCUGUACCUGGAGUUGAUCCCGUCUCUGCCAAAGUAGAGGGAAAUGUGAUAUUUGAUCCAAGCAGCUAUGUUCCUAAAGAGACUAUGCUGAAAACCACCCUGAAUGUGUAUGGAUUUGGCCCAAGUGAUAUCUUUGAGCUUGGCAUGGAUGGAAAAGGGUUUGAACCAACACUGGAAGCUUUGUUUGGAGAGAAAGGAUUUUUCCCAGACACUGCAAGCAAGGCCUUGUACUGGGUUGACGGCAGAGUGCCAGAGCAGGUUUCCAAGGUGCUUUUUGACUAUUUUGGUUAUUCCCAGGAUGGCAAGCGGGAUCGGGAUCAGGAUGUCAUGAAAGGAAUAAUGCUUAACAUUGAAAAAAUGAUAAAAGAAUUGAGCAACAAGGAAGCUCCUGAAGGAAGAGCAUAUCUGAGAAUCCUGGGAGAAGAACUUGGGUACAUGAAACUCAAUGAUUUCAAAUUGCUGGGAAGCAUGAUUUUAAAGAGUGUUAAAACUCUUCAGACUGUUCCCGAAAUGAUUGCACAAGCCAUCUCAAAAGGUGUUGACAGGGAUUUAUUUGUCCACUAUAUGUUCAUGGACAAUCAGUUUGAGCUCCCAACUGGAGCAGGUUUGCAACUGAAGUUUGCCUUGUCUGGAAUAGCGACACCUGGGGCCAAAGUAGCUGUGAAGCUUCAGCAAAAAAGCAUGCAAGCAGAACUCAUUGCUAAACCUUCAGUUGCAAUUGAGUUUGUAGCAGACCUGGGAAUAAACAUGCCUGAAUUUGCUAGAAGUGGCGUGGAGAUGAAUUAUAAUAUAUUCCAUGAGUCUGGAAUUGAGGCACAUGUUACUAAAACUGAAGAGAUUCCACCUCUGAUUGAGAACCGAGAAACCUGGACUUCUUGCAAACCUUUCAUUACUGGUCUAAAUUUCUGUACCAAAUUAUUGUACUCUAAUGCCAGUGCCACAGAGGCAGCUCCAUAUUAUCCCUUGACUGGAGAAUCCAGAUUUGAAAUUGAAAUAGUGUCCACAGGCGAAGUGAAGGAAUACUCUGCAAGUGCAAACUAUGACCUGCAGAGAGAGGGAAAUGACCUAAUGGACACCUUGAAGUUUGCUAUCCAGACAGAAGGUGUAAAGCAGCAUGAGGCCACAUUGACCUUCAGGUACAACAGAGACAGAAGGAUUUUGACCAGUGAUAUCCACAUUCCAGAUAUUGAUGUUGAAUUUGGUACAAACUUCAGAAUUACUGAUGAGUCCAUUCCUGGAAAGAAAGCAUAUACAUUUGCCUUACACUUUAACAACAAGAAGAUUUCUGAAGUUACUCUUACUGGCCAGAUAAGAUAUGCUGGAAUGGAAGAGGCAAUGUUAAGAGGCACCAUUUCUGUUCCUCGCCUGCAAACUGAACUUGGAACUGAAGCGUUGGUUAAUUACUCACCAACCACAGGUUAUCUUCAGAUGAGCUCAGCUGCAACAAUUCAUGGAAACUCAAUUUCAGAAAGAGUUCUUCUCAGAUAUGAUUCUGAGAACGUUGAGCUAGAGUGGAAUUCAGGUGCCAGUGCUGCUGUGAAAAAAAUAUCUUCUGGCUUCCCAGUUGACUUUUCAGACUACCCAAAAACUUUACAGAAACAUGCCAAUGAACUGCUGGAUCAGAAAGUGGCUCAUACAGAUAUGACACUGCGACAUAUUGUGUCACAAUUUAUCGUGGCAACCAACACCUGGCUGCAAAAGGCAUCAAAAGAUGUCCCCUAUGCCCAGGCUCUGCAAGACAAGCUAAGUGGACUACAGGAACUGAACAUUCAGAAAAUUAAUCUGCCUGUUAUCACAAUUCCUGAAGAACUUUUCCUGAAAAG